GUAUUUAAGUGUUUUUAGUGGCAGUGUAUCAGAAGCUGCAGACACUUGGCUGACGGAUUCGACUCUACUGACGCAGAAUAUUAGAUUUGUCCUGCAGCUGUCCAUUAUUCAGCACAAAUAAUGAGGGUCAUUUUUCUUCUCUGUGCCACCUUCACUUUGAGGAUUUCAACAGCAGAUCCAGUGAAGGAGAUGAAGCCAGAGCCGGUGGAGGAACCUGUCCCUGUUCAGCAAAAUAAGACUGGAGAGGAGAAACGAGGGGAGCUGCUGUCUCGGGGAGCAGGAAGGAUGGCCAAAUGGCAGUAUGGAGGAAUUAACCGGUUUCCAGACUAUUACAGUGGGGAGGAUGACUGUCCAGCCAGCUGGCAAAGAUAUGGGUCCCGAUGUUUUGUCUUCAUCAACAGCCCAAUGGCUUGGGUAGAUGCUGAGAAACAUUGUUGGCCCUACGGUGCCAACCUUGCAUCCAUCCAUGACCAAUGGGAGUACAGUUUCAUCCAGGACUCUGUAAUAGACCAAGGAUACUAUGGCCAAGCCUGGAUCGGUGGCACUGAUGCAGUCAGGCCCAUGGACAGCUUAUGGAGUGACGGUUCAGUGUCUGAUGUGGAGAGCUGGGCCGCAAGCACCUGGGAUAGACGCAAAAAAUGUCUUGCAAUACGUCGGUCAGACCUCCUGAAUAAGUGGUAUUGUGAAGACAUGCUUCCCUUUGUGUGUGGAACGAGACCAGGAACGUUUGAGAAGGUGGAGGCUGUGCCGGUGGUGGAGAAACAGGAAGAGAGCAAGAUGCCAGAUGAUGACAAGCAGAGCUGGCACAGCUGUCCUGCCAGUUGGUCCAAAUAUGGAUCCAGAUGUUUUACCGUCAUUCCCAGAGAGAUGCCCUGGAUAGAUGCAGAGAUAGAUCCUGAUACUGCACAUAUAUACAUACUAUAUGUGUGUGUUCAUGUAGAGCUGUAUCUCCUCUUUACAGGAAUAUUUUUUGAGUAACGGUGCCAACCUGGCCUCCAUCCACAAACCAGGAGAGUAUGGGUUCAUUCAGGAGAUGAUAAGAGGGAACACAGGUCUUAACCUUUGAGCCUGGAUUGGUGGUACUAACGCAGUUAAGGACCAGACCUGGCUCUGGAGUGAUGGAUCUGGAUUUCAUUUCCCGAACUGGGGCAUAGGAGAGCCCAACAGUGCUGGUGGCCAAGAGAAGUGCCUUGAGAUGAACCGCUCAGGUAC